CUUCUCACCCGUGAAAACAUAUCCGAGAUCUGUGGUGCACCUUACACUGUUUUACCAUUAGCUACUUUGAUAUCUGUCGAUUUUAAUAUCCCCAUGUGAAUCAAAAGAAAAGAGGAAGAGGCAUGUGGCACAAAGAAAAUGAUAGAAGGCCAUUUUAAAUUAGGAGAUAAUUGUGUGAUCAUUGAGGAUGUAGUCACUAGCGGUAGCAGUAUCCUAGAGACUGUACAAACUUUAAGAAAAGAGGGUUUGAAGGUAACAGAUGCUCUUGUAGUGAUUGACAGAGAACAGGGUGGCAGAAAGAAUAUUGAAGCUAAUGGUAUAAACAUGUGGAGUUUGUACUCGGUCACCAGUCUCACCAGGUACCUCGUGGAAGGCGACAAGAUUACACCAACGAUAAGAAAAGAUGUACUAAACUACUUGUCGCUAUGUCAAGCUCCUGUUAUCGUUAAUCAAGUUCCAGAAUGCAGACUGAAAAUACCAUUUUACUGUCGCGCUAAUAAGGCUACAAACGAGAUUGCAUCUAAAAUAUUCAAUCUAAUGGAAACAAAACAAUCUACUUUGUGCUUGGCAGCAGACUUGACCAAAGCAGACUCUAUUUUACAAUUAGUAAAUUUGGUAGGACCACACAUUGUGGUACUAAAAACGCACGUAGAUAUAGUAGAAGACUUCAGCUGUGAUUUUAUAAAGCGUUUGCAAGAUUUGGCUAAGAAGCACGAUUUUCUUUUAAUGGAGGACCGGAAGUUCGCGGAUAUCGGCAACACGGUGUCUUUGCAAUACCAAAAGGGUAUUUACAAAAUUGCAGAAUGGACAGAUAUUGUUACUGUGCAUGCGAUAGCAGGAAAGAGCAUUGUAGAUGGAUUAAGAAAUGCGUUAGGAAAUGUUAACGAACCGCGUGGUAUUUUUAUAUUGGCGCAGAUGUCCUCUGAAGGCGCGUUAACAAAUGACGAGUACGUUCAGCAUGCAGUGUCGACCGCACAAAAUUCGAACAUAAUCGCUGGCAUCGUAUGUCAGUCGAAUAUAUUCACGAAUCCAGGUCUCGUUCAGCUGACCCCUGGAGUGAAGCUCGGCCAAAGUUCCGACAAUUUCGGUCAACAGUACAAUACUCCAGAAUCUGUUGUAAAAUCUGGAGCAGAUUUAGCUGUUGUUGGUAGAGGUAUCACCGAGGCAAAAGACAAGUUAGCUGCCGCGUUGGAAUAUAAGAAGGAACUUUGGACUGCUUACAAAAAACGAUUGAAAUAAAAAGUAUUUUUCAAUUAUAAACUAAUAGCAUCAUCCAUGCAGCCUAUCCCUUGCAAACCGUUGUUCUUAGACUUGGCCUGCAACAUGGUCGAGUUUCUGGAUUUGAGGGAGAAAUUGGGAGAUCAAGCCAAGAAGGGCGGCCAGGCUGGACUCGCAGGAUUCGUUAAAGGUUUACGGGGCUGGGGAAAUAAAUGAAACAAGUCUAUUUUAAGCGAAAGAUACUGGAUUUUUGAUGUUAUCGCACGUGGUGCGGUAAUGCGUUUUUAGAAAGGCUCUCAAAUAUCUCGAUGAGCAUCGAGUUUUCAGUUAUACAAACAGCAAUAUUGAUUAAAGGAAAUAAAGAAAUAUUAUUGAUAUA